AGGCGCGACCCUCGGGGUCGCCGAAUUGGCUGGCGCGAUGUACAGAGGAGCUGAAGCUUUGGUUCGAAGACACAGUGCUCGGCAGAUGGGCGCGUCAAGGCAGUCCGAGUAAUCAGACAGAUGCUGCCACGCGCCACAGGUUCCCGGCGGAGGCGCUGUGUCGGAACCUCUGCGAGGGCUUCAAGCAGCUGAAGCAGGACCUCAAGGUGCAGCUCUUCCUUUCCUUCCCCGCAGACAGCCCCUUCAACGAUCCCACCGUUGAAGGUCUAUUUCAGUGGCACUACACCCGGCGCUCCUGGGUUUGCUGGGACUGGUCCACCUUGGCCACUGGGCUGAUGCUGUUCUGGGACAUUGCCAUGAACCCGCCCUACCGAGUGCUUUUGGUGCUCUUCUUCUAUGGCGCCUUCGGUGUAGGGCUCCUGCUCAGAAAGAUGCUCCUCUUUGCCUCACCCUCGGCGCCAACAUGCUGGAGGAUGUGGCACAAUGUGAUCCUGUGCGCCUUCUUCUUUGGCCGAUGUCUCAUUUGCCAGCCCCUGCUGGUGAGUUUGGCGACGGAGGGCUCCCAGCUGCAGCAAGUGCAGGUGGAGGCGUUUUCCUCCGUGAUCGGCCUCGGCAUGACCAAUCUCUCCAUGGUCUUUAUGCAGCAGAUGCAGACCAUCGACACACUACUCUUUUGCUUUGUCAACGGAGCAGUGUUCAUCCUAUGGAUCAUCUUCGUGCUGCAAAUGCCACUGACAGAUGCACUGCACACGGCCUACGUGGGCAGCAUCGUGAUCACGGCGGUGUGCGUACGCCAGCAGCGGGACCUGGAGGAACUCGAACGGAGGAGCUUCGAUAACCAGCUGCUAAACACCCGAGGCCGACGAGUUGCCAUUGGCUUCACUCGCCAAACCCAACGAUACAUUUGCGCCUUUCGAGGCUUCGCAAGUACGGCGAGUUCUUGAUGUUGUCCCUGAAGCGGAAAAAGAAAAACCAAUGCCG